GGAAAAACGCGUUUUUCGUUAGACAAGAAGUCUGAUUGUAGUGACGAAUGAGUGCGUUUGAGUUAAAAAAUGUGAUAGUCGCAUCCUGCAAUUGUAGUCCCGUAGACAGUGCAUGUCAAGUUGAAUAAAAAUGUUUCAGUUUGAAGAGAUCCGUACUAUAUAUAACCAAAGUGUUUCAUAUGUAGCUUUCCGACAAUUGCUGUUGUUCUUGCGCUCAUUCGGGUUGGUGAAGGUAGACAGUCUCCCAACCUAUUUGUUUACAAGUUUGUUUGUAAACAAACUCUCUGGUAAACACUCAUAAAUCAAGUAAUGUAAUGCGAUACCAAUUCCCUAUACCAACAAUCACAAGUUGACGACAUGGUUUUGAUUGAUGGUGUCAAGUAUUCGUGUUGGAAAUGUAUCCGAGGACAUCGAGCAAGCAAGUGCAAACAUCUAUACAGUGAGCUGUUCGAGGUCCGCAGAAAGGGAAGACCCAUGGGUCAAUGUCCUGCGUGUCGCGAAAUUCGUCGAUUGUGUCAACUUCAGUCAAAAUGCAUCUGCGGCGAAUUGUUGGGAAUGGAGGACGAUGCUGCCUAUGCCCAGGUUACACACCUGGCAGAAAAGGAUCCACUUGUCCUUGAACUUGUCAACAUGGUGCUACAUUAUGGCGCUUAUGAUGUUCUCGUGAAGGAUCGACUUGCAGAGUUUAACCAGAAACAUGGUGCUCUUUUGGGACAGGGGGCCACGAAACCUACCAUAACUGCCGAGUUAACUGAGGCACCAAAGGAAGAGGAACAGACUACAAUGGAAAAACCUGUUUUGAGUGACAUUAGGGAACGCGAAAUUCAUUCGGAGAACACGAUUGCCAAUGUGAUGGACGAAGAGAGAAAGAAAUCAAAAAUACUCAAAACACAAUCCCACGAUCCAAAUGACAUCGAAAACAUUGCACAAGAAGAUGAUCUUUCAAAGGAGAAUAGCAUCGCGCCGAAUACCAGUUUGAUCGCAAAAAAGAACUUGGCUUAAUAAGCAAAUAAAAAUGUUGGAAAAAGGAAAAUGUGGAUAGUCUGUUUCAAAAAAAAAGAGCAUACAUGAAGCAUACAGUUUUGAGUGUUAACUUCACUCACGGUUAUGAAGACUUUCCACGAACUUUUGUGUCGCUGACUUUGGUUUUGCGUAAAAGUGGACUGUUAUUACCACUAGCAAAAUCAUCCUCUUCAUAGAGACGUUGACGCAUCCGACUAGCGGCAGAAGAUGGAACUGCUAAGGCAGACAACGGAAGCGCUUUUUUCGAUGGAGAUGCCCCAGCAGGUGUAGCAGAUGCAAUGAGACUGGAAUACUUGGACGAGGCUGUUGAUCCCGGAGUCUUCGCUUCGCCUGUAUCUUCUAAACCGGUAUACGUAUUAGGGUCACGAGGGCGUUCGCGUCCCUUGUCGUCGCGCAGGUACAGAAUAAUCUGUUCGUCGGGAAGAUUCAAAAUGUUGUCCUGGGCGUUACUUUCUAGCAUACACAGGCGAAUUAAAUACUCCAGUAAUGUAAGAGAGUACUGACGUUUCACUGUCACUUUUGCUGUUGGCUUUGGUCGUUCGGGUGUCAUGAUUGGUUCGCCCAUGAGUUGUCGAAGCAUCAAUUCAUCAUCGUUAAGUGGUUUGCGCUGUUCUUCAGGUUCGGGUGAGGCAGACAAUUCAGGAUCAGCAUGUUGGUCAGACAUGAGUACUUCAAUGGCUAUCCACGAGGCAUAUGAAGAACCGUCGUCCUCGUCUGGUAUCUUUGAAACGCGUCGGCUCACAGAUGAGUCGGAUUGGAUAAUGUAUUUUAGUAGUAGCACGGGAGAAGAAACGUUGUCGAGACGCAGAAUCUUUCCGGACAAGCUGUAGAAUAAAGACUGAAUAUUAUACAGUGGGAUACGGAUUUUUAAUGCCUUCUCAUCAUCAUCAUGAUACAUACCAUCGUCGAAAGACUGAUCAAGACACAGUUCGUACGCAAGCAUCCGCU